UUGUAAAGAAAUUUUUUCCGAAUUUUAUGGUUUACAUUUAAGAAAUUAAAUAAAUAUUUUGAAACUUUUGGCUGAAAUUAAAAAUGUAAAAAGGAAAGCUUCUUUUACAAAUAAGGUUUUAUUAAAAAGGUUAGCGGAGAAGAUACGUGAAAUAUUGGGUUUGGACUCGUUGAAUCGGCUGUAGAUAUACGUAUAAGCGUGUAUAAGUAAAUAACAAAAUAUUUUACAUGAGGACAAAAUUAUUUUUAAUCGUUAAUAAUAUAUGGUUUAGAAGAUAAUACAUAUUUUCUAAAAUGUAUUCCGUACUUCAUAAAAUAGAAAAUGCUCAUGAUGAUAGCAUUUGGACAUGCGCUUGGGGUUCUUUAAAGAAAAAAAUAGAAUUAGAAUCGGAUAAUGAAGAUUCAAGUGAAUCAAUGCAAUUUAAUGAAGAAGAAACAGUGGAAUAUUUAGUAACUGGUUCAGUUGACGAUACUGUUAAAGUUUGGGAACAAAAAGACAAAAGUUUACAAUUAAAAUAUAAGUUAACUGGUCAUUCACUUGGUGUUGUAUCUGUUGCUGUAAGUUCAGAUGGUACAAAAUGUGCAUCAAGUUCAUUGGAUUCUAGCUUGAAGUUAUGGGAUCUACAAACAGGAGGAAUGAUAUCAAGUGUUGAAGUAGGUCCUGUAGAUAUUUGGACAGUAGUAUUUUCUCCUGAUGAUAAAUUCAUUGUGUCUGGUAGUCAUUCAGGUAAAAUACAUUUAUAUGGAACAGAAAGUGGUAAACUGGAGCAAACUUUAGAUACCAGAGGUGGAAAAUUUACCUUAAGCGUUGCCUAUAGUCCUGAUGGUAAAUAUAUUGCUAGUGGUGCAAUAGAUGGUAUUAUCAAUAUUUUUGAUGUUGCCCAUGGAAAAGUAUUACGUACAUUAGAAGGUCAUGCAAUGCCUAUUAGGUCUCUUUGUUUCUCACCAGAUUCUCAGUUACUCCUUACAGCAUCAGAUGAUGGACACAUGAAAUUGUAUGAUGUAAAAGAUGCUAACUUAGCAGGAACCAUGUCAGGCCAUGCUUCUUGGGUUCUUGGUGUUUCUUUUGCUCCACAUGGUCAAGAAUUUGCAUCUAGUAGUUCAGAUCGUACAGUUAGAGUAUGGGAACUAGCUAACAGACGUUGCUUAUAUACAUUUAAUGAACAUAAUGAGCAGGUAUGGGCUGUAAAAUACAAUCCACAAACAAAUAAUAUAAUUGCAUCAGUAUCUGAAGAUAAGUCUAUCAAUUUAUAUAAAUGUCUGUAA